AUGAAUGACUACUCACUCUUGUACAAAAGGAAUGGAGAGUCCUCAGUAUAUGUUGCAGUAUAUGUGGAUGAUGUGUUGCUCACUGGGACUGAUCAGCAUGCAAUUGCACAAUUCAAAGCCUUUCUACAUGAACAAUUCAAGAUCAAAGACCCAGGCCAAUUGCAUUACUUUUUGGGGUUGAAAGUCAUGUACAAAGAUGAUGGUGCCAAGAAAGUUUGUGCUGGACUUGUUGAAAGAAUACAAUUGCUUGGAUCACAGUUCUUGUUCCUCACCCUUAGAUCCCACUAUAAAGCUAAAAGCCAGGGAAGUGUUCAACACUUGAGCCAGUUUAUGCAAGAGCCCAGAGAGCCUCAUUUGAAUGCAGCAUUUCACCUGCUCAGAUACCUGAAAAAUGAUCCUACUCAAGGGAUUUUCAUGUUAAAAGAUGCAGAUCACACAGUUAGAGCUUAUUGUGAUUCUGAUUGGGCAGCUUGCCCAGACUCCAGGAGAUCCAUUACAGUCUAUUUGGUGCUUCUAGGCAAUAGCCCCAUCAACUGGAAGUAUAAGAAAUAA